ACAUCUGACAAUUUCUACCUUAAUGGUGUGACAUUUGUACCGCCCCUUUCCUUGUUUCCCAUCCGACGGCUUGGUAACCAAAAUCAAUGCGCGUCCUUGCUGAUAAUGUUAUGAAUUGUAUCCCAUGAUCCCUUGCAAUCCAUGACGUAAUAUUACGUAAGAUCUGCCAAGACAAGUUCAUCCUUGCCAAUAAUAUGAAAAGAGAAAGGACAAAAAUCGAAAUGCGCAUUGCGUCUGUUGUGUUGGUUGAAUUGAGAAGCUGCAAAACUUGCCAUCAAUUUUUCCGCUAGAGCAGUUGAUUGAUGAUAAUCGUGUGUGUCAAACCAUCAAACAUAAACUUCCAGCCUUCUCAAAUCUUCACUGGGUACAUGUAAAUCUGCUCAGACAUGCAAGCCGAUCAGUUGUCAGAGGAACAAAUUAGUGAAUUCAAGGAGGCGUUCUCCUUAUUCGACAAGGAUGGCGACGGCACCAUCACCACCAAGGAGCUUGGAACAGUCAUGAGAUCACUGGGUCAGAAUCCCACCGAGGCUGAGCUGCAGGACAUGAUCAAUGAGGUCGAUGCUGACGCAGGAAAUGGAACGAUUGAUUUCCCGGAGUUCUUGACGAUGAUGGCGCACAAGAUGAAAGACACAGACUCAGAAGAAGAAAUCAAAGAAGCAUUUCGAGUAUUUGACAAAGAUGGCAAUGGAUUUAUCAGUGCUGCCGAGCUUCGCCACGUGAUGACCAAUCUUGGUGAGAAGCUUACAGAUGAAGAGGUUGAUGAGAUGAUCAGAGAGGCAGACAUUGAUGGAGACGGACAAGUCAAUUACGAAGAAUUUGUUGCCAUGAUGUCCUCAAGGUAA